AUGGAUAGGCGCAUUCAUUGGUCGGCCAAGGAGGUCGAAGAAAUGAUCGAGAGCCUGAAAGAACGUGAAAUCCUGUGUCAACCGGAAGGGAAGCAGCAUCGCGCGCCCGAUGCCUUCAAGGUCGUGGCGAACGAUAUGCGUCGGAAGGGUUUGUUUCGUUCGCCGGAACAAAUCCGCGCCAAGCUUCGCAUCUUGCGGAAGGACUACUUCAAGGCGCUCCGGUCCGGCUCGAAGAUUCAGUACCAGGCGUGCGAAUAUUUUACCUCGCUGCACGAUCUUUUCACCGAUGCGCAACGCAAGAUGGAGGACAGAAAGAUUCAACAGCUGCGCCGUCUAAAACAGCUGCAGCAUCAGCAGAUGCUGCUCCAGCUGCACCAGCAACAGCAGCAACUACAGAAACCAGAGCAACCGCAGCAAAAGCAGGAAAAGCAACCGUUGCUGAGCAACAAUAGCAACGCCGCUAUCAGUAACCAUCAACGGGCGCAGCAACAGAACCACCGGACGUCGGCAACUAGGACUAAAGCUAGCAGAAGUAGUAGUGUGUCGCACAGUGUCGAGAGCGAUGUACAACAGCCGGCCACGGUUGUGUCGGUCGCGGUUGGUGCCGUGCCGGUCACGAACGAUCCCUGUAGUACAUUCAAUGGCAGUGUUAGUGUGCAGGGGCCGGCCCCGACGGCUCCACCGGAAUCGCUGCCGGACAAGUACCAUCUCAAGCUGAACGAGUACUUACCAAGUCUAAACACUUCGCUGGCCAAUCUGUGCAAAAACGAACGAUAUGCGGACGUUAUGUUGCUGGUUUGCAAUGACGAGGAGCACAUCUCCAUUCCCGCCCACCGGCUCGUGCUGGGAACGUUCAGUUCGUACUUCGCCACCAUCUUCGAGCGUACCGCGCACAUGGCCCCGCAAAGUAUGAUGUACAUCGUGCUGCCGCCGCUCGUGACACGGUCCGCCGUCCAGAGCCUUCUGCACUACAUGUACUCGGGCGAGGCGAUCGUGCCGACCGACAGUUUGGGCGAUGUGAUGCUCUCCGGUGAGCUGCUGCGCGUUCAUGGCUUCUGCAAGAGCAAACCGCCGGGCAUGUUGUCACAGAAGGCGCCACCGUCUCUGACCUCCGUACCGUUGAUGUCGGUGACGCGAAAUCUGACCCUAAACCAUACGGUGCAGGAGGAAGUUCGGCCGCUGACGAUACCGGUCAUUGCAGCACCCGUCAUCGAGCAAGCGGAACCGGAGGGACCGCAGCAGCAGCAGCAGCAGCAGCUGCCACCGUUGCAACCACCUGUCAUCGAGAGGCCUCCAUCGGUAUUGGAGCGAGAUCGUGAAAGAGAACGCGAACGUGAGCGAGCCCAAGAACAGGAAAGAGAACGUGAAAAGGAGCUUGAAAAAGAACGUGAAAAGGAGCUUGAAAAGGAACGUGAAAAGGAGCGUGAAAAGGAACGUGAAAAAGAACGGCAACGCGAAAGAGAACGGGAGCGCGAACUGGACAGAGAGCGGCAGCGUGAGCGAGAACGCGAGCGACUCCACAACCUGGAGCGAGUUCCGGUGAACGAGCUCGAGGAGCUGGAAAAGUUUGCACCCUGCAGGAUACUGGCCGAUACCGAACUGCUCGAAGUGAACGGAGGAUCAGAAGCGAUGGCGGAGGAUCACGACAGUGACCGCGAUUCACGUUCGCCGACUCCCCAGCCGGUGGUUUUGCGGGAGAAAAAUAAGCCAAAACUAGACAUCAUCGAGAGCUUGUGUAGCAUCGAAACGACAACGUCGGACGAAUCGAUGCUGGAAAUUGUAACAAACGGACCGGAAUCGUCACCGUUCAGUAACCGUGCACAGAACAGCCCGAGAAGUGCGCGAAGCAGCCCCCGGCUGGAGUCUAUCAUCGAGUCGGAUAGCGAGGAUCUGGACUUGCCGAACAGUGGUGACAUUACAUUGCAGCUGGUUCCGCGACCCGGGAACGAUCCGCUGGACGAUCCGCAUCAUGUCAGCACGUCCGUCGAUCACCUGGUGUACUCCCCGCUCAGUUGCCAGCUGUGCAAAGAAACGUUCUCGACACCGACCGACUGGGUGCAGCAUGUUUACGGUCACUGCAACGAUGACGCGUUACGAGCAAAGCGAAGGCGAUUAUCGGUGAACAAUAGCAGGCUCGGCGAUGACUCGGCGCUUCGGUGCGACAUGUGUUCGUCGUAUUUCAGCGAUACCAACGAUUGGCUUGGGCACGUCGUUGUUGCGCACGAGGACUGCAUGAACGAUUGUCUCAUGUCGCUACCGUUCAACACGUUCGAGGGAAAAGUGAACUUUCCUGCGAUUUGA